AUGAACUCCGGGAGUCCGCGGGCAGCUGUUCCGCCGCCGCCGCCUCACCUGCCUCAGCGCGCGCAGUUUCCCAACUCCCUCCGCACGCAGCGCGCGCCCGUUGCCAGGCGACCAAGUUGCCAAGCGACCCUAGAAGCGUCCGCCGCGCCGCACUCUGACCACUCGGCGCCACCGCGCAGGCCCGAACAGCCUUGUGCUGGGGCAAGCUGCAAAUGGGAACAAGAAUAUGUUACAGGGUUACUGACUCUUGACUGUCAGUGCCGCCCAGACCUCGCCCUUAACGUCGGCCAUUCGUCAGACGCCAUUCGUCAGACGCCCGCCUGUCCCGAGUGCCCUCGUCGCCAUGGUGAUCGCCGCUGCGGCCCAGGACUAGGCCGCGCGGAGCCCUCAGCCUUCGCAGCAGCUACGGACUCUGGAAGAAUGAGGUCCUCCCUAACACCUUGGGGAUCCCCUGUGAGCCGGGACCACAUCAUCUCCAGCUUCCCUAAGUGGUACACACCUGAUGCCUGCCUGCAGCUCAAGGAGAACUUCCACAGGCAGGUCAGCGCAGCCUGCCAACUCAGGAACACAGGGACUGUUGGGCUCAAACUCUCCAAGGUGGUAGUCGUUGGUGACCUCUACGUGGGGAAGACCAGCCUCAUCCACAGGUUUUGCAAGAAUGUUUUUGACCGAGACUACAAGGCCACCAUUGGGGUAGACUUUGAAAUUGAGCGCUUUGAGAUCGCCGGGAUUCCCUACAGCCUCCAGAUCUGGGACACAGCCGGGCAGGAGAAGUUCAAGUGCAUCGCAUCUGCCUACUAUCGGGGUGCCCAGGUGAUCAUCACUGCCUUUGACCUCACCGACGUGCAGACCCUGGAGCACACCAGGCAGUGGCUGGAAGAUGCACUGAGGGAGAACGAGGCAGGCUCCUGCUUUAUCUUCCUCGUGGGAACCAAGAAGGACCUUCUGUCAGGGGCAGCAUGUGAACAGGCAGAAGCAGAGGCCGUGCACCUGGCCAAUGAAAUGCAAGCUGAGUACUGGUCAGUGUCAGCCAAGACCGGGGAGAAUGUGAAGGCAUUCUUCAGCCGUGUAGCUGCCCUGGCAUUCGAGCAAUCCAUUCUGCAGGACUUGGAGAGGAGGAACAGUGCCCGGCUCCAGGUCGGCGAUGGAAACCUCAUCCGAAUGGCAAGUCCGCCUGAGACUCAAGAGAACAAGAUGCCCUCCAGCCUGGGCUGCUGUUAGCCUGAGUCAGAGGCCUCUGUUCCCUGCACCCGCAUGGCAUCACCUUCCAUGACUGUCGAGGUAUGACCUGGAGCCCAAGCUCUGCAGUCUGCUGCCCUCACUGUGGAGUCCUGUGUUCCGGUCUCUUCACCCACUCACCAUGCUGAGCCCCAGGGUCCAGCUACUUCUCUUUGGUAGGUCGGGAGCCAGGAAAGGCCUCCACUGGCUGCCCCACAUUGCCUGAAGGCCAGUCCCACCUGCAGGAUUGUCAGACAGUCGCCCUUGACUUUGGGAUGCCUCAGGACUGCACCCUUGGGACACUCACCCCUCGCCCAUGGCCUGCAUCGGCAUUCAGCCUUGACACUCUCUCCCAGAGAUCCUGGAUGUGGCCUCAGGAUCCUUCUCAUCACAGCAUGCCAGGCAACCUGGGCUUAUCAAAGUCGGCACCCUGGGAAGAUCCCACCUGCCAUCCCCCUGCCCCAGGUGUUUCCUGUUGUCAGAAGACUUGCAGUUCUGGGAUUUGGAGCUCCGGGCCUCACUGUCCACUGUCCCUCUGCCACAGACCCUCGGGGUCCUUGGGCAGACCUGCCCCUCUUUGGAGAACAAUGGGCAGGAUGGUCUCUGGGGCCACUUCUGGCUGAAGGACUCUCUCUGGCACCUCCGAAAUCCUGGGUCCUGCCCUCCCAGUUUGUGGGCAAGGUUGAGCAGAACAAGCCCCUCAGGCCUCUCUGGCCAUCUGGACAGGGAUUUGCCUGGCCACGCCGUGGGAAGAAGGCUGCACAGCUGCAAGGGUAACUCCCUCUGAAGCCUUGAGUGGCACUGCCCUGCUCUGGCACUCGUGCCAGGCCCAUGCCCCUGAUUCCUCCUCAUGCCUCUCUCACUGGCCCUCGUGUCUCUUAGGACCUUUGUAAUGGCAUCCACACAUCUGUGAAGGACUUCAGAAGCCCUCCAAAGUCCCCGCCACUUCUUCCUGAACACACACAGUAGGCAGGAACACCCCACACCUCCUCUGCCCUCUGUCUGGAGUGCUUGUUCAUGAAGUCUUCUCAUUGCAUGAACCAGCCCAUUUGCCCCACACUCCUGUCGCCCUGGCUGUGCCCACUCAUCUCACCCACCUCAUGCCACAGGUUGGUGGGCACACCAGACACACCCAUCUGCACCCUGUGGAUGGUGAGCACUUUACAGGUACAUGUUGGUCAGUGCUGAUCUCCUAGUGCCUGGCAUACCACAGGGGCUGCAUAAAUGUUCAUCAACUCAGCAAUCACCAAAUAUCAGUUAGGGAAGAACACUGGCAUCCUUUUCUGUUCAUUCCCCCUUCACUAUAUUUUUAGCUCUUUUAUUUUUACAUAUAUACAACACUUCUCUAUAUAAAUCACAUUUAAAGAAGUUCCAUGCUUAAUGUAGAACAAAACAGCGCAAAGCAUAUAAAAUACAAAGUGGGAGCCCCACUCCCUUAGGCCACAAUUCCAAAGUAUGCUUUGCUAGCAGUUGGGAGGAUUCUUUCCAGACCACUCACCCUGACCACACAGCUGCCACUUUGUUGGCUUGUUUCGCCAGAGUGACCUCACCCCGCACACACUGCCCAGCAGCCCACCUUCCUGGUGACCUGCCUGAGCCCCCUCCCUGUGGUGCAUGUGAAGCCACCUCCUUCCUUCAGCAGCACCCAGUUCUCGUGCAGAGGGACUGGAGUUCAUCUGACCUGCCCCAUCCACGAGUCAUCCAAGUUGUGACCAGCCUGUAGCAUUCCCCAAUGAUGCUACAGUGAUCAUCCUUGUAGUCAGAGCUUUGCACUCAGAAUUCCCAAAUGAGGCCUUGCUGGGCCCUUCUCUGGGCUGCAGCCCCCGGUCUGGUCCACAAGACGCAACCUCUGGGCGACAGCAUUGUGGUAUAUAAGUGAGGACUGGGUUUGCUGGGCGUAACAGAAAGUUUUACAGGUUGGGGGAGUCUGUCACAGUGGGCUGGUGCUCUCCAUGGCCCCCUCUCUUGCCCCUUCAGGUCCCAGGAUGGGGAUGUAAUAUGGUGUCCUGCUGUUACCUGCUCCCAAACUAGAGCCAUGCUGGCUUGUGCACCCCAUGCCUCUGUACACGGGCCUUUAUGAAUAAACUCUCCUCAUGUUUCCACAGUGCCA